AUGAGCGUACGAUUUCGCAUCAAGACAUUGAUGGAAAAAUUCGCCGCGAUGAAUACCGAAGUUCAGUUUCGUCUUCUGGAUCUUCCGAACGAAUUGAUCGCUCACAUCAUCGAACAAGUGGACAGCGUCAAAGCACUUCGAAAGCUAUCCCAGACAUGUCGCCGGGUUCAGGAGUUGACAGAGCCUUUCCUGUACCGCGUCGCUCUCGUCCGCUCUGGAAGGCGUGCCGAGGCCAUCCUCCGCUCCCUCGAGACCCGGCGCGCCCGUGCUGCCGCCAUACGCCGCCUGGAUGUGCCCUGCGAUUAUCACCAGCAUCAGAAUUUCGAGGCCUUGUCUUCGCUGCUACGGCAGGCUAGGAAUCUGAAGACCUUGAUGAUUGAAAGUCCGCAGUGCAACAAUGGGGACUUUGAGGACGAGCCGACUUGGAGAGUAAUGGCAGAGCACAUCUUCAGCCCCUUCCACGAUGCAGUACGUCUGGCCGAAAUUGGAGAGCCUUCCAGCAGGCCACUGCACAAUCUACGAGAGCGUGAGUGUCUUGAUGCAUCAUCGUGACUUUUCAUAAAACGUGAGAGGCCUCUGGCUAAUAACGCCAGUUACGCUGCAUCUGAAUGGCAUUGACUCUCCCUACUGGACGCCGAGUGGCAGCAGCCUUGCGAUAUUCCAGAUUCCGACGCUGCAGUAUCUCAAGAUCUCGUGUGUGAACAUCCUCGACGAUCUGGCAAAGCAGCUGCAGGACAAGCCGCGUACGCCACUUAAGCAUCUGGAGCUGGAAGAGUGCAACAUCACGCACCUCGGCCUGUACGGAAUCCUAUCGGUCCCCGAAGCGCUCGAAACGCUCUAUCUAGGUACUACACGACUUUGCUCAAAAUUUCAGUGUUUUCUUAACUGACAUUGGAAGGUGAAAACAUAUACAACAUCACUGCAUUCAUGGGCUAUCCCGUCGACCCGGCAAGCAACCAUCUAUUUCAGACGAACCCAAAAGCCGCUCUCCAUGCUCUACAACAACAGCAAGGCUCGCUUCAGUCUCUGACAUAUGCUACGAACGAAAGAAUCUAUCAGCACAUGCAGCUCGCUCGUCAGAUCCUCUGCGACCCGUCACCAGUCGACGCGGGCUUUGCUGGCUUUCACUGCCUCCAGCAUGUGACUCUUGUAGGUCAAUGUCCGAACUUUGAGCGAGCUUUGAUGACCUCAAAAUCGCCACCGAUAUUGAAAACGUUGGAACACCAAGAAAUUAGUCCCUUGCGCAGGACUGUUGUCAAUCAGGCUUCGCCUUUAGACUCAGUUCCAUUCCUCCGUGCGCCAUCCUGUUCAAUUCCGACGACAUUAGAAAGCGUGGACAUCACAUAUCAGUCGAUAUCGUUAAUGAACUCUCGAAUCACCGAGGCGAUCAAAAACGAGUUCAUUCAACCCGCUGCAGUGGCGGUGGAAACGAUGGGAGUGAGGAUGAGGGUCUUCAACCGACAAGUCGCAGGCUACUUUCCCCCGUAUCUCUACGGCGAGCCACGACCAGUCAGCGAGAUGUUGUUCACUGGGUACAGAGAUGGAUUCGUGGGAAAACUGUCCGAGUCGAAGCCCAGAAGCGACCAAAGUUCUUCAGACGGCGAUGAGGAAAGCACUUCAGAGUUCGAAGAUACAGAGGAUACAGAGGAUACGUCGUCCGACGAGGACGAGGAGUGA